AUGGAUGAGAACGAGAAUAACGAUAAGUGGAAGGAGGGAGGGGGCGAGGAUAAAAAGACGCAUACAAAAGAGGAGGAGCAGGAGAAGGAGGAUGAUGUGGAGGAGGAGAAGAAGCGGUUUGCCCAAAAAAUUCCACUGAAAACAACCGACAAAAAAUUGAUUGCGUUUCUACGUCUCUACGGAAAGUACGAAGAAGGAUCGCAUUCUACCUGGCUGAAGAUUGAUUUAUGGAUUGUUCCAGCAGUGGGCCAAGCGUCCAUAGCGGGUGCGCCGGAGGUGUUCGUGAAACGAGGCAGCACCAUCUCACUGUUGUGCACCGUCAGCACCAAUCAGCGCACAGGUGCAGUCACGUGGUACCAGGGUCCGAGUCUGAUAGACUUCGACGCACCACGCGGGGGCAUCGCCCUGGAGACGGAGCGUACAGACGCAGGCACCACCAGCAAACUGCUGGUAACCCGCGCCGAAAUGGCUGACUCUGGCAACUACACUUGUCUGCCCGCGCAUGCGCGGCCCGCGUCUGUCUACGUUCAUGUGCUCAAUGGGGAACACCCGGCAGCGAUGCAGCAUGGUGAACACGCAUCUGCCUCAUCCAAAUUGGUGGCAUGGUCUAUAACCCUGCUGUCUGCCAUUGGUGCUAUAACAGACCUGUUAUGACAGAUCCAUUCCAUGGUCUCCCAAGUCUUUCUAUUUUGCCUGUUCAUUUCCAGAAAAAUAUCUUCCUCAAUUAAUUCUCCAUAAACUAUCAGCAUUUUGUUAAUAUUUUGUAUACCUUUCGAGUGAAUAAAGUUUGAUUUGAUUUGAUUUUUUUCGAA